AAGAAGACAAAUAAAUUACAAAUAAACAAAUAAGUUUCCUCUCUUUCUUUAUAUAACUACAUUUAUCCUUGACUUUCACAGUACAUUACAUUCAACAACUGCAUCUUUUUCGGAGAAAACACUAAUAUAUUAGCAGUGAUUUGCAACCGUGUUACCAUGCAUAUAAAACAAAUAUUACAAACAUGUUUUGAAAAAACAUACAAACAUUCAAGUUAUUAUUAAUUAACAUUUGGUCCUGGGAUUUUAUUUUGUCACAUUUACAUCAUAAUCCACAAAUAAAUGUAAUUUAUUACUCUAACUACUCUAAUAAUUACUCGUUACUCUAAUUCUAAUCCUAAUCCUGUUACCAGGUCAUUUUAAAUAAAACAUUCAUAAGUGUUUUCCUUAGCUCACAAGGGUUUGAUCUAUUCCCUUUGUAAUAGUUUGAAUUAUUUGUUUGACCAAAGAUUGGAAAAUAAAUACUAAAACUUCUUUUAUUAUUGAAAAGUUGGGCAAUGAUUAAUAAAAUUAACAUAACAUAACUACCCUCAAGGCACUUUACACUAUAUGUUAAAAGAUCCUACAAUAAUACAGAGAACCUUCAACAAUCGAAAUUUUGAGCAAGCAUUUGGUGACAGUGGGAAAAGAAAACUCCCUUUUAACAGGAAGAAACCUUAGGCAGAACGAGGCUCAGGGAUCUGUUUGGAUGUGAGGUGAGAGAAAAUGGACAAAAGACAGGCUGAAAAGAGCCCACAGUAUAUUAGAUAUUUAAGAUCUACUUUUUCAGGUUCCCAAGCAUUGGUAAAUGGGCUGUCUCAAGCAUAGCACAAAUAAAGCAUUACAAAAAUCUACGACAUUUUUUGAUGGAUUUUUUUUCUUAAAUAUACAAAAGAAAAUAUAACCUAAAAGCUCGAUUGUUUUUAUUUAUUUAUUUAUUUAUUUAUUUAUUUAUGUUGCUAUCUUUAAAGCCUAAAUUGCUCUCCAAUGGAAGGAUGACCCUAUAAUAUCCUGCCGUGAUUUCUAACAGUUGUAGAUUCAACACAUGACGUCGUGGUCGGUCAGCGGCACUUUGUCCACGCCCAGGGCACGUGCUGAUGAGCAGCGAGCCAGUCCUGGGCGAGGAAGGAAAACAGCUGACGGGGAACAACAACACAGAGUCGCCUUCUCCUGCAGGUGGUGGUGUGCCGUGGACAAACUCUUUCCACACUUGGCCUGUUCGGGCUGCCGCCUGACAUCCUGGUCGUUAUGUGAGUCUAAUACAUUUCUGAAGCAUCUAAAAGAGGGUUUGAUGCGAGCUCUGCAUUGAGGAGGAGGUGGAGGAGGACACACGGAGCUCGCCAUCCAUCCUCCCUCCCAAAAAAGAGCAGCAGCCGCCGCACAAUGGCACCGUCCCUCAUCCGAGCUUGCCGCAGUCUGGCUCUCUCGACGUGGCUGGUGUCGUUUUGCUUCGUCCACUUGCUGUGCCUGGACUUCACGGUUGCAGAGAAGGAGGAGUGGUACACAGCUUUCGUUAACAUCACCUACCUGGACCCCGUCACAUCGCAGGUGAGGACGGAGAAAACCGAGUGCGGUCGGUAUGGCGAGCACUCCCCUAAGAAAGAAGCUAGAGGUCUGGUCCUGGUGCCGGCCCUCCUGCAGGACAGACAGGGGUGCGACCCAAACAUCAGGUUCCCUCCUGCCCCUCCAAACACCCCUUGGGUGGCGUUGGUAGCUGCGGGAAAUUGCACUUACCGGGAGAAAAUCCGUAAUGUCGCAAACCACAACGCCUCUGCAGUUGUCAUAUACAACGUGGGCUCCACCAGCGCCAACGACACCGUAACAAUGUCCCACUCAGAUACAGGCGAUGUUGUGGCCAUCAUGAUCCCGGAGCAUAAAGGCCGUGAAAUCGUGACCUUGCUCGAGCAGCGCAUCGUGAUCAUGUUGCAGAUAACUAUAGGAACCCGCAACCUGCAGAAGUACGUGAGCAGAACGUCCGUGGUGUUUGUGUCCAUCUCCUUCAUCGUCCUCAUGAUCAUCUCCCUCGCCUGGCUCGUCUUCUACUACAUCCAGAGGUUCCGCUACGCUAACGCACGAGAUCGCAACCAGAGGCGUUUGGGAGAUGCUGCCAAAAAAGCCAUGAGUAAACUUCAACUGCGCACUAUCAAAAGAGGAGACAAGGAAACAGAGUCCGACUUUGACAACUGUGCAGUUUGUAUUGAAGGUUAUAAGCCUAAUGAUGUUGUAAGGAUAUUACCAUGCAGACAUUUCUUCCAUAAGCACUGUGUAGACCCGUGGCUCCAAGACCACCGAACGUGUCCCAUGUGCAAAAUGAACAUCCUCAAAGCCCUGGGAAUCCCAUUUAGCGCGGACUGCUCGGAUGAGGUUCCUCCAGACUACGAGAUGUCUGUCGGGGGUCCGCCUACCAACCCCAUUAGUGGAGCGAGCGAAAUCACAGUUAACGAGAGCUCGGUAGUGUUGGAUCCAGCAGAAAGAGGAAUAGACCUGCCGGCACUCCAUCCUGAGACAGACUCAGCGCUUCAGGCGGGGGAGAGCCGUAUCUUUGCCAGCAGUGAGCACCAGCCUCCACUGAGCAGUGAUUCAGACACUUCAAUCAUCGUGGGCAUUGAGGUAGGCAUGUCUGAAUUAGACCUAUCCACUGAGCAGGAAUGUGAUGCCACCAAGUCCAGAGCCAAUCAGAGCUGAGACAAAUAGCACAAAACUCAUAGGACAAGGAGGAAAAAAGCAGGACUGGGUGAUCAGGGUGCUCCCCGAGAUUAUCCAGUGAUGAUGUGACCCGGCUGAAGAUGAAUGUAAAUGAGCAAUACAAGUGAUAGCAGCACAAAAUACCUGGUUCUUUCUUCACUUGACUAAAAAAACGGAUUCAUCCCUGCAUCUAUGGAUAUUUAGCUCGCUCAUUUCCUGAUGCCAGGAUGGCUAGUCACACCCCUCACCAUGUGGUGACCAACAUUUUGUACAUUCAGUCUUUUCACAUCCUGAAACCUAGCAUCCAAACUACACAUAUGGUAACUCUGGAGGUGUAUGAGCCCUUCACAGUUGUUUGUCUUGAGUGAGACAAACCAAACCUGCUGCCGAAGAAAAAGCAAGGCCUUCUGCACACCAUUUUCCAGCUUUAAUCAAUAGAAAAAUACGAGUGGAUUCUUUGACUUCCUGGUACAAGAUCACUGCCAACAAAUCCAGAAGUUGUACCGAUAUGGCGUGCACCUGCAUAGCGCAUUAGGAGAGCACCUGAGUGGUUUUCUUCUGAUUCUCCAACAGUUGGUGUGACUUUCCACCAGCAGUUCUUCAGCUUCAGACUUGAAUGUUAGCUCUGUUGUGGUCGCAUGGCAUUAAGAAUUUGGAAUAUGAAGGCACACGAGCUGUAAUUUCAGAAUUUCUAAGUGUAAUUGUUUUUGUUACUAUUUUGUGGAUCUUAGUUUUUAAAACUUCGACUUUACCGACUAAAUAUUCCUGUCAUGGAGAGACAAAUGAGCAAACACAAGCUAGAUGUUUCUGUCCUCACAUCUGACAAUCAUAGCUUGUCCUAAGCAGUUUGAAGUGAUGUCACCCUCUGCCCUGCUGAAACUGCUGCUAAUUAUUCACAACAUGUGAAGUAAGGGAUCAUGUUCUCACUGCUGCUAAACACAGCUGUAGCUGUAGCUGUAGCUAUAGCAGUUGUCACUACCAAUUUCUCCCACUGUGCACACUUCCCUAUACAAGCCUACACAAACCAGCCAAUAUAAAUAUGUCAACAAGUCUUUGUGCCAAGCUUGUCUUUUGCAUAUUAGCCAUUGUUAUUUGUCAUUAAAGUUAAUUGCCUUGGCUGACAGGCUGGAAUUACACUAAAUCUUUUCGUGAUUACCACCCUAAUAAAUAACAUCAGGGCAAUGAGUUAUGUCAAUUGAAAAGACCGUGUUAGAUAAUAAAGGAGGCAGGGCUCGGGUUCAUUCAAGGAAUUCUCUGCCCCAAGCAUUUUUUCUUUGUCCUGGCAUGAACAGUUACCAGCAUGGAAACAUUUACAGUCUUGGAGUGAGUUUACACUAAACUGGCUAGUUUUGCCAAACAGCAUCGAUGUACCUUUCUCACGGGGUUUUUAGCACGGAUCUGCAAAAAAGUGGAAAGAAAUAAACAGCAUUUGGAAAUGUUAAAAAUAAGACAGCUAUCUUACUACAGUUUGGAAGCACAUGUACAAAAAUGGUUCUGAAUUUAAUAUAACUAAAUAUUUUCAUUGAGAAGGCAUGUGACAACUUAUGGUAAAACACAGCUUCAGUGCUUUUAAAACCCAUGAAUACGUACAAAAAUAUAGCAGCUAUAACAGAUUCUUUUAUAUUAUUAACAAAUAUGUUGUUAUAGUGAAGACACUCAACUCUUCAGUGUUUUGAAACUUUACAAUGAGUUUCAGCCACAGUCUGUAUAUAAAAAAAUGGACAAACCUCCCCAUUUGUGAAAGUGAAGACAGUGCCUUAAACCUGCAUUCUUUCUAAUGGCCAGCAGGGGGCAAGGGAAAUUCUGAAUGCUUAAAAGACUAUGAGAAAAUGAUCCCUUGAGAUUGUGCAGCAUCGUUGGGUUGCCGGUCAGCUCCUUUCCUUUUCCUUUUCCUCCAUUUCUUACUUCCAGCUCGAGGCUCCAAAACAGGACUCAAACCAACGGGUUACAUCGUAGCAGUCGUGUCCAUCAUUUAUAUGCAGACUAUGGUUUGAGCUCAUUGUCUUACAGUUGGUUUGCUCUCACUGCUCUCAGAGGAUCAUUUGUUUUCAGAAAAUCAUUCCUCAGUCUAGACUACCUGCCCAGAGCCAAACAAAUGACACAAAACAUUAUUCUAUCGGGAUCAGAUGAAGACCAAGACUGAAGUUUAUUGUGUUCUCUUCUGUUUACUUGAUUCUGCUGCCACCAAGUGGUCAAAAUUAUGAAAUUAUUAUUAUGAUUAUGAAAUAAUUAUUUUCAGCAUUUUAUCAAUAAACUUGUUUUCUUUAUCCCAAACUCAACACUACUCUAAAAAGACUGUUUUUGAAAAAAGAAUGUAGCUAACUCAGCAUGGGCUCCAGAGUGGAAGCUGGCUGUUAAUGCAAUUACAUUUAUUGUUUUGUUGUUGUUGUUUUUUCAUCUAGGUUUCUUUUUGUUUGUUUUUUGCUUUGUUUUUUUGAUUAAUUGCUUUUUAAAGAAGGUCUUGUAAAUGUGCACAUAGCUGAAUUUAAAGCUCAUUUGGGUCCAUUUCCUCUCACAUUCCUGCAGACAUGCACACUGAAGAAGCACAAACCCACCAAUUUAGUCAUUGGAGCCAUCGGGCUCUAACUGCUGGUUCUCUCUUUGGUCAUUUCCAAGAGCUCCUGCAGCUGACUCUAUUAUUUAAGGCUUAUGAUCAAACUCAUUCUUGCUUUGGUCAGUCAAUAUCUGUAUGUGCAAAUAUCUAAGUUUAAGAAAUAACUGGUUUUAAGGAGGCUUAUAUUGUAAUUCUUUAUUUGAUAGCUAUGAACACUACACUCUAGUAAAAGAGUCCGUAAAGUAAAAAGUUAAAAUAUUCAGGUUGUGUCUGCAGUUUUUCAUUUUGAUAUAAUACCUGCAGGUGUAAGUUUGACAGUUUUUAAGUUUCCUCGCUUAACUGGAAGAUUUCACAAAUUUCCAUUUUUAUAAGCACUUAUAUAAUAAAAGUAAAUCAGACUUUUAAAUCAUCUGACAGACUGCAUUUCUUUUGUGUUGAGGACAUGAAGAUUAACAAAGAACCUGAUUCUCACUAGAGACAUAGCAGCUGAAAUCUCAGCCUACUGGGAUCGUUAAUCCCCUCAUGCUACAUGAGCUCAGGCUAAAAAUCGAACAGCACAAUACAAAGGCAUACCCAAAAGUUGUUUGUUUUACCCUCUGAUAUUUUAAACUCUUGGAUUUUCUUUUCUAUCAUCAUGUCUCUAAGGCUUCCAUUUAAUUGUUUGCUUAGUUGGUACAAUGACAAAGUAAAGCAAGGUGCAUUUAUUUACAGUGCUACAUGGCUGGGCUUUGGUUGUGUUGCCAAGUUCAAAAGUAAAAAAUAAAAACAAGGUUUUCCACAGUUUAAGGCCUUUUUUUUACAGAGCAACUUAAACUGCGUGAUGAAGGUCUCUCAGUUUUGUCUGUUUACAACAUUUUACUAACAACUUUCUCUGAGGAAUAAAUGAACCCAAACACCGAAGACAUGUCAGCUUAUUUCAUCUAAUAAGAGUUUGUGUCCUGAUGAAGAAAACAACACCAGUGUCCCUAACAGUAACUGUAACUUCAACAUUGUUUAACGCACUACCUUUAUUACUUAUUUAAAUCAUUUCCAACAUGUUUUCUGGAAAGAAAAAAUGUAAUUGCAACAAUUUUUGGGGAAAAUAUAAAGCUCCUCUUAAACUUUAUGUGAAAGUGGUCAGUGUCAAUAGAAAUGAGUUAUCCUGCCUUAAAGAGACAUUUUCUUUUUUCACCACCUGCCACAUUUUAAAAAUCAAAAUCAAACUACAUUGAACAACAAACUUACAUAUUUUACAUAAAAAAUAGUUUCAUUAAUGAUGCAUGUAAUAUAAAUAAUAUGUAGUUUAGUUUUAUUCUUGCUUGUAGUGCGAUUAUCUCUGAACUUACCUGAAAUGAAUCGUCACGUAUCAUCAAAACUCUAUUUUCCCAAUAAUUGUUUGCAAAUCAUUUUUCCUUCCUCUUCAAAAAAGAGAAAUCCUCAAGAAGUAUUUAACUUGUAAAAUAAAGCCUUAUCCAGCAUUGUUUUAUUACUGGUAGCUUAACCAGGGUGUGCUAUUUCUUUUUGAUCUGUGUGGCUCUUUCUGAUUGUGUUAACCUUUCUAUAUUGCUAUAUUGCACUUUAACACUCCAGUGAAUGGUGAAGGCUGAAGCCUUCUUUUAAGGUACAGCUUUAAAGACAGAGGGCUACAGUAAUGAAAAUGGGAGAUGAGUCAGUUGUUGCUUACAGUAUAUCAUUGUAUUUUUUUUUUUUUAUCUUUACUCUGUGGAUGUGGAGUGGAGGGUAUCAAUAUAUUGUAAACUAUAUACCCAGCAGAUAUGAGACCAGUGCUAUUUUGUAACCUAAAAACAUUGUAAGUGUGAUUACGAGUGUCUCUGUUCUUUUCUUGUUCUAUACAUGAUGCAUGUGUAGGAAUGUCUUUGACUGUCUGUUAUGAUAACUUUGAAUCGUUUUUUUUUUUUUUUCAACUUUUACAAACCUGUCUGUUUUAUGUACAAUAAAAAA